UGUUUAUACUGAAAAAAAUAAUUUCCUAGCAUUAGAGGGCCAUUUUGCAAUUAAAAAGUCCUCUCUACCCAGCGAGAACCGCUUGAGAGCAGCAGUGAGGUAGAAAGGAAAUGGUGAGAGUAAGCAAAGAGGUUCUGCAAAAAGCAGCCAAAACCCUAUCCGACAUCCUCGUAUGCCCUCUCUCUAAGCAACCUUUGAGGUAUUGUCAGGAAUCAAAUUCCCUAAUCAGUGAUGCUAUUGGCGUUGCCUUCCCUGUCAGUUCUAACUCCCUCCUUCACCUUCCUUUCAGUUUUCGGUGUUUCGAUUUCCACUUUCAAUUACCCAUUGACAAUUGCCCUGUUCCUUUUUAUCCUUUGGGAAUUUCAAGAUAAAAAAUGGGAUACCAUGCUUGGUUCCAAGAGAUGGGAAGGUACUCGAGGAGGAAGAUGCUUCAAAACCUGAUCAUGAUAUCAAUUUAUCUGCAGUGAAUGAAGAGAAUCGAGGAAGAAGUGCGUAAUAUGUAGUGUAAGAUGUUUGGACUUCAAUUUUUAUGAUCAACUGUCUGUGUACCUUGGUGGUGGUGGAAUGUUGUGUGAGUAAGAAGUUACCCUGUUUACACUUUGGUGAAGAAACCUUUCUUUUUCUUUCUUUUCCUUCAAUGGAAAAAUUUUCCCCUUCCCUCUCAUUGUUUUAAUAGUUGAUUUGUAUCUAUGAGAUUUCUCUCUCUAACUACAUGAUUUAGGGUUUAUUAUCACUCCUGUGAAAUUUAGUAGUGAUACACCCAAGAGUCGCUUGUCGAAAGCUUUCUUUUCUUCCUUCUUAGUUCCAACUCUUCUGGAGGUAAAGAAAAAAAAACUAUAACUCUUGUUCAAUAAGAAGUGUUGAGGAUACUAACCUCUAUUGAA